AUCAGUUCUUUCUUCCAUCUUCAUCCAAAACCACCGCACGAAAUCCAGACCAACAAUGGCUAUAUUACCAGAAAUUAUAUAUAUAUAGAAAUUAUUAUUAUCAAGUGAUAAGCUGAAGAAUUUCUAUUGACUGGUAAUACAUAUAUAUAUAUAUAUAUAAUCGGAGAUGGAAUCGGAGCUUAAAGCCCUAAAUCCCCAAAGCAACGAUCGUCACCCGGCGUCCGAUCGGGACGACGGUCCGCUGCUCACGGCGGAGGCGAAAAACCCAGAACCUCAAUGCGAGGCUUCGCCAUCGAGUCCGAGUCUGGAAGAGAUGGAGAAAAAAUACGCGGCGUAUGUUCGGAACGACGUGUACGGGACCAUGGGGCUGGGGGAAUUGCCGUGGGCCGAGAAAUUCUUGCUCGGCGUGGCAUUGGUGUUUUUGUUGCCAAUAAGAGUGGCGGCAGGGACGACGGUGCUGUUGAUUUAUUACGUGAUUUGUAGGGUUUGCACGGCGUUUCUGUCGCCGAGCAGGGUGGAGGAGCAGGAGGAUUACGCGCACAUGGUGGGUUGGAGGAGGGCCGUAAUUGUCCAGACCGGCCGGUUCUUGUCGCGGGUUAUGCUCUUCAUUUUCGGGUUCUAUUGGAUUGGCGAAUCCAGAAGAGCCGACGGGGAGUUGAAUCAUGAGAUGGUAUCCGGGGAUCAAUCUGAAGAGCAGGAGAGACCGGGGGUUGUCAUUUCAAACCAUGUAUCAUAUUUAGACAUUCUGUACCAUAUGUCUGCUUCUUUUCCAAGCUUUGUAGCUAAGAGAUCUGUGGCUAAACUUCCCCUUAUUGGUCUCAUAAGCAAAUGCCUCGGUUGCGUCUAUGUACAGAGGGAGUUAAAAUCACCAAACUUUAAAGGCGUGUCAGGUGUUGUCAAUGAUAGAAUCCGGGAAGCUCAUCAAAACAAGCUUGCUCCAAAAAUGCUGCUUUUCCCAGAAGGCACAACCACGAACGGAGACUACCUCCUUCCAUUCAAGACUGGUGCAUUUUUGGCCAAGGUUCCGGUACUUCCAUUCAUUUUGAGGUAUCCCUACCAGAGAUUUAGUCCUGCUUGGGACUCUAUUUCGGGGGUGCGCCACGUUAUUCUACUUCUCUGUCAGUUUGUAAAUUACAUGGAAGUGAUACGCCUGCCUGUAUAUUACCCCUCAGAACAAGAGAAGGAAGAUCCAAAGCUUUAUGCGGAUAAUGUUAGAAAGCUUAUGGCUCGCGAGGGCAAUUUGAUUCUUUCGGACAUUGGAUUGGCAGAGAAACGAAUUUAUCAUGCGGCUCUGAAUGGUUUGUUAUGCCAACAAUAGUUCGGGUUCGCCUCUUGUGUCCUACCCCAUUUGUGUAUAUCUAUCUAUCUAUAUAUAUAUCUCCGAAAAAAAAAAAAAGAAAAGAAAAACCCGAAAGCCAAAAUGAGAAAAAGAAUGAAAAAAAAAAGUAACUGUUGUUGUCUAUAGCAUUGUUUGUUAGUCUCCGGUGGUGGUUACAAAGGCGGGGUUUUACCGACCGGUUUAGAUCACAGAGAAAUGAGAUUGGUUAGUUUUUUUGCCGACUAUAGUAGAUUUUGUAGCUUCUACAAACUUGGUUGAUUCAUUCAUUUUUUUUGCAGAUCUGUGCCUUAGUUUUUUUUUCAUCACAUUGUUGUCUUUCACAAUAGAGUAUGUUCUUUUGGGGGAUUUUUUGAUUGAUUGCAGCAGGGAUGAAGUUUGUUUCUUUAAUUCCUUGCUUUCUUCAAAGAUGAACAAAAUCCCAAAACUAUCCAUGGCAAAUCAUCACUGCUGAGAGACAAUGCAUGUCUGAGAUUUAUACUAAUCAGCAUCUUAGACAUGGAUUUAUUCAUGUAUCAAAUUCGAGGAGGAUCCAUUGCAGGUAUGCAUAAAAAAAGAUCACAAUAGAGCAAGCAAUCCUCAGACAGGCACGGGAAUACAAUACCAAUACACAGUACAU